UUUAUUUAAGAUAAAUCUGCUUUAAGGGGUGGAGAACAUUUUUAAAAUUGAGACUUUUUGGAAUAAUUGAUAUAAAAUGAAUGACGUUAAAUUCAGGAUCAUCAAAAUAAAAAAUAAAUAUAUUUUUACGCAAGAAAUCAAAAUAUUCCUUAAUUUAUUCCCUAUUUUUUUGUACAUUUAUUAAUGUGAUUUUUUUUAAGUACAAUUUAAAAUAGUCAUCCUGAAUUAAAGAGCGAGUUUUCCUCUAUAAAAUCCUCCUCCUCUGCUGUCCCUCUCACUCGGAUAUUUUCAUGAAUGGAUCUUGUAAAGUCCUCGUCGUUUUGGCACAGCUGCGCAGAUGAUGAGAGCGCGCGUGGAGGCUGGUAUCUGGGCCUGCUUGGUACCCUUUGCGGCGUUUUCAUUGGUCAGGAUCUUCUUCCUGGUGCCUCGACGUGACAUCACAUCCACUCGACCCGCAGGAACGCAGCAGAGAUUACAGAUGAUGCUGGACAUCACAGAGGACGCACACACUUUUACGCUUUACGCACGGUCGCCUGCUGACCGCCGCUUUGAGCUCUAAAGGAACAAAAACAAAGGAAACAAAAAGUUUGGAUGAGCUGCGGUUUUGGAGAGUAAACUUCCGUAAAAGCUGGAGAAGGAUGUGUUUUGGUUUUUACUUUUUUUUUUGUGAAUGAAGAUGAGUCGUGCGUAACAAUCUGUUGAUCGCGAUUCCGAGCAGAGCUGUCACUCCCCCACCUGUUGGCAGGUGGUGUUGGCUUCCCCCGCGGACUUCUACUAUGACAUUGGGUUUGGACAUCAUGGAGGAUGUUGUUAUCGACGUGGUGGGGGAAGGAGUCAGAGACAGCGCAGAGGAGCAGAUCUUACCUUUGGAUGAGCAGGAGCGCAGCACCGAGACCUGCAGCAGUCUGAGCACGGAGGGGGACACCUUCAGUCCUGCAUCGACCUGCCCGCCCUCUAACAGCAAAGGUCCCGCGUCCGUGAAGCCUCCGUACUCUUACAUCGCUCUGAUCACCAUGGCCAUCCUGCAGAGUCCGAAGAAGCGGCUCACCCUCAGCGAGAUCUGCGACUUCAUCAGCCAGCGUUUCGCGUACUACAAGGAGAAGUUCCCCGCCUGGCAGAACUCCAUCCGGCACAAUCUGUCUCUGAAUGACUGCUUCGUAAAGAUGCCCAGAGAGCCCGGGAACCCUGGCAAGGGCAACUACUGGACCCUGGACCCCAACUCCUCGGAUAUGUUUGAGAACGGGAGUUUUCUGCGGCGCAGGAAGCGUUUCAAGCGGCAGCAUUUCCGCUUCGACCCCCUGAAGGAGCAGCACCUGGAGCCCAGCGGACUGCACGGCUUCCCGCACGCCGCCUACGGGCUGCAGCUGCCCGGGCUGGAGAUUUACCCCUACCUCCACCAGCACGCCCCCUCCCCGUGCACCACCAUCCCACCUGUCAGCAGCCUCCUGCCCGCGCUCUCCAGCUUCUUCUCCCGCAGCGCGCUCACAGCCAAGGCGUUCUUCCAGGCGCAGCCGGGCAUCGACGCCUUCUCCCCGGCUCAGUGUGCCGCGUACUCCCCUCCUCUCACCUCCAGCUUGGCCUACGCCUCCCCCGCGCUCUUCCACCCCGCAGCGUCCCCGCACCUCCUCAGUUUACAGCAGGAGUAUCACAAAUUACGGACUCAGCGGGACUCCGAGCUGCUCAAACACAUCAGCGCUGCGACCAACGAGUAACCGAAUAAUCGUCGAGCAGGAGUUUGACUUUUUCUCAGGUAACAGAGACAGUUUGAGCGAGCUGAUGGAUCUGCUUCAAAGAAAUGUUGUAAAUAUUUUUUUAAACUUUCUCUCCUCUUUAAAAAAACAAACUUUGAGCUUUCUGAUUUUUUGAUCUUGAAUAUCAUCCUUUGUUCAAAUAUUUAAAAGACGAGAUUCCUGCUUUUUUCUUUUUGGGUAAAAUAAAAGUGAAUAUUUAAAUCUUCGCGUUCAG